AUGCCUGCUAAGAUCGCUAUUGUUAUCUACUCUAUGCACGGCCAUAUAGCUAAGAGCAAGGCUGGUGUUGAAGGUGCUGGUGGCGCCGCGACCAUCUAUCGGGCUCCCGAGACCCUUCCCCAGGAAAUUCUCGAGAAGAUGUGCGCUCCCGCUAAGCCCGCCUACCCUGUCAUCGCUCCCGACGAGCUCAUUCAGUUCGACGGUUUCAUUUUUGGCAUCCCAGCACGCUUCGUCACGCUCACGCUUUGGCAGGCAUUCUGGGACACGACUGACCGACUCUGGUCUAAGGGUGCGCUUUCCGGUAAAUAUGUCGCCGUCUUUGUCUCGACUGCGACGCCCGGCGGUGGUCAGAAGUCCACCGCGAUGAAUAUGCUGUCGAACUUCACGCACCAUGGCAUUAUUUUUGUGCCCCUCGGCUAUAGCCACACUUUCCCUCAGCAAACGAACAUGACCGAGGUCCAUGGUAGUUCCGCAUGGGGCGCCGGCACUUUUGCCGGCUCGGACGGUAGUCGCGACCCAAGUGAACUUGAGCUAGAGAUCGCGGGAAUCCAGGGCAGUAUGUUCCAUAAAACUAUCGCAAAUGUUGCCAAAUAAUUCUGUGAUUGGAAUUAUCAAGGUAUGCAGACAUACCAUGACGCUUCG